AUGGCGGUAGCGUUCAAAAAGUGUAAUCGUCAAAGUAAACUCCAUUGUGAUGUAAUAGAUAAAAGGAAAAAUCAUGCACUUUGCGUGUUAUCUGUUGACGCUACUCAUGGCAAUUUAAUGUUUGAGAAAGAAAUUGACGCAUGUAGACACAACAAUCAAAAUAUUGAGCCUUCUAAGCUUUAA